AUGGACUCUGAAAAAUGCUUGUUGAGUCUUCAGGCAAUAAUAAAACGAUUUCCAAGUCCCGAAGUCGUACCAUUUUUCGACUCGUGGGGUAAAAUUCCCUCGGGGGUUAUUAUGGGAAAUAACUAUGAAAUUGGGAAUUUUGAUCAAUGUGUCAGGACAUCUGUAAAUUUAAGCGAUUUUAACGGUGGCGGUGAUGUCAUAGAUGCCCAAUAUUGCUUUUUAGAAGUGCCCUUAAAAAAUCCAUUAGCUAAAAAAGCCGAGAUUCCCGACUGGGGUGCACCACCGACGACACUAGCAGAAUCUGAAUAUCGCUUAAAGUAUCGAAAUGGAUUAAAUAUUGGAAUUUGUGUGCCAAAUAGUUGCAGUCCAAGUUUUCUGGAACAUGUUUUUGAAAAAGCUGCCAAUCGAGUUCCCUAUGGACUACUCUUAGAUCUCUCAGUCUCGAGGUGCACAGAAGGAAGAACUCCUCCUCUAAAGGCAAUCAAUAUUGUUGGAAUAACUGUUUUCGGAAUAUUCACUGGAUUAAUGGUAUUGAGCUCGUUAUACGACUUCUUGAUGUCUUAUUUCGAAAAAUCACCAGUACCAAUUUUUCUGGCGUUCUCUGUACUGACUAAUGGGAAAAAACUCUUCGCGUAUAAUCUUCAGAAAUCACCAAAUGCAAUUACAUGUCUCACAGGAAUUCGAGUUCUAUCGAUGACUUGGGUGAUCUACUGUCACACUUAUAUGACAAGUGCACUGUUUCCUGCCAUUAAUAGUUCUCACUUAAUAACGUGGUACAAGGAGUUAUGGUCCAUGCACAUUCUUCAUGGAACAGUAUCAGUGGAUUCGUUCUUCUUCAUCAGUGGACUUCUUGUAGCUUGGUUGGGAUUUAAAGAACUUGAUAGAACGAAUGGAAAACUUAAUGUCAUUAUGAUGUAUGUUCAUCGGUACAUCCGACUAACACCUGUUGUUGGUGCUGUUUUGCUGUUCGCCUUCAGCAUAAAUCCAAUUCUCUAUACGGGACCGUUUAAGUAUGUUUCACUUGGAAAAAAUGAAUGUGACAGUUCGAAUUGGUGGCCAAUUCUACUUUAUAUUUCGAACUAUUUUAGAGUAUCCUCUUGCUUCGAUCAAACCUGGUACUUAGCUGUGGAUUUUCAACUUUAUGUGCUGUCUCCAUUACUUCUGAUUCCAAUGUGGAAAUGGGGAAAGAAAUUCGCACCUGUCUUGAUUCUCAUUUGUCUACUUUCAAUUGGAAGUGUUAUGUUUGUUUACAUAUCAAAAGGAUUCACAAGUCUUAUUACUGGAACAUAUCCUGAUGAAUGGAAGCUUACAUACAUUCCAACUCACGCCAGAUGUCCACCAUGGAUCGUUGGUCUUGGAUUCGGCUACUUCAUGCACGUCAAUCGAAAUAAUACCAUUCAAAUACCAAAGAAAUAUCAAAUUCUUGGAUGGAUUAUGAGCUUUUCAAUUCUGCUAGCCAUAGUUUUUGGACCUUACUUCACCAUCAGUGCAAACGGUGAUGGAACAGUCCUUGAAGCCGCCUCAUACGAAGCUUGGAAACGUGUUUCAUGGGCUGUUGCUUUAGCGUGGAUUGUAUUUGCUUGUCAUUUUGGAUUCGGCGGAGUUAUCGAUGCAUUUUUGUCACAUCCAUUUUGGCAGCCAUUGGGGCGUUUGACAUUUGCUUUAUAUCUUAUUCAUAUGACAGUUGUGAGGGCCAACUUUGGAAUGAUACGCACCGAAUUGCAUUAUUCAAAUUAUGCAAUGAUUCUUUUGUUUUGGGGGUCUUUUGGGAUUUCACUUAUGGCUGCAAUUAUUGUAACAUUAGCCUUUGAGUCACCGGUUUUGGUAUUGGAAAAAUUCAUUUUUGGAAGGAUGAAAUCCAAUGCUGAGGAUGAUAGAAAUCAACAAAUUCACCAAAAUUUAUCCCGUCCAAAUGAUCUCUUUUUACAAAUGCCUAACAAGGACUUAUGA